AUGCGAGAUAUUCGGGCACGGAUCAUCGGUAAAAUGGCGGAAGUAUGUGUAAAUACGGAGAAACGAAAAGAGAAGUCUCGAGAUGCCGCACGAUGUCGGCGCAGCAAGGAAUCAGAGGUCUUUGUGGAGCUGGCCAGUUGUCUGCCCCUGUCGGACAGCGUCUCCUCGCAGUUGGAUAAAGCGUCCAUCAUGAGGCUGUCGCUCAGCAUGUUGAAGAUCUAUAAUAUGCUGGGAGCUGUUAAUAGUUGCACCAUCAACAAUGAAAUUGAUAUCAAACCAUUUAUGGAGAAGAAGAUCAAAGAAAACACAUAUGAUCACCUGCAUCAGAAAGCUCUGGAAGGAUUUGCUUAUAUCCUGGCUGAGGAGGGGGACAUUGUCUACCUCACAGAGAAUGUGUCCAAGUUUCUAGGGCUGCCACAGAUGGAAUUGAUGGGACAGAGCAUCUACGACUUCACCCAUCCUUGCGACCAUGAUGAGAUCAAGGAGAUGCUGACCACAAGACAGAAUCCCCAACAGUCCCCAAUAUCAAAUACAAAGAACUUCUUCAUCCGUGUCAAAUGUACGCUAACAUCCAAGGGCAGAAAUGUCAAUCUCAAAUCUGCUACUUACAAGGUCUUUAGGUGUUCGGGCCGUCUACUUACCAAGAACAGUAAUGGAUUCAGUGACAGUAAUGUUGAUCCGUCAGGCAAUCCAAGUCCAUUCCAUUACCUUGUGGGCAUUGCAGAGCCCAUACCUCACCCUAGCAAUAUCGAAGUACCAUUGGACAGCAGCACUUUCCUCUCCAAGCACAGCAUGGACAUGCGUUUUGUCUUUUGUGAUAACAGAAUCAAGGAGCUGGCAGGUUACACUUGUGAAGAGAUGAUUGGCCAGUCUUUCUAUGGGUUCCAUCAUGGGCUGGAUUCUGAUGUCAUAGAUAAAGCUUUUAAAGACUUGUUCGCUAAAGGACAAGUAGUAACUGGCUUCUACCGGUUUCUGGUUCGAACCGGUGGUUACAUGUGGGUUGUCACCCAGGCAACUGUUAUCAACAACAGCCGCACCCAGAAGCCACAGUCGGUGGUUUGUGUUCAUUAUAUAUUGAGUGGCGUAGAAGACCCUAGGAGCAUUCUCUCCCAUGUACAGAGCCCGGUGCCAGAAAUAGAUUUGUCUGCCCUUAUACCUCUAAAGGUCGAACUAAGCACAGAGAAUAUUUUUGCUCCAAGGGUCAAGGACAUGGACAAAGGAUAUUUUCUACCGCCAGAGAUGAAUAGUUCUAUUAUGUUCCGAAAUGAUGAAACACAAGAUCUGUCCUACCUGGCACCCAGUGCAGGGGGUGAGAGUAUACCGCUGGCUUUUGACAGUUGCCUUGGACAUAAUA